CCAGCGCCUAAAAGGGCCCCGCGCGGGCCGGCUGCCCUCGGAGCCUUCCUGCGCCCUCCUCCUCCUCCUCCUCCUCCUCCUCCUCCUCCUCCGCGGCGCCAUGGCAGGGCACGGCGCCAGCCUGCUCCUGCUGCUCGGGAUGCUGCCAGCUCUCCUGGUGGCCGUCAGGAUCAAUGGCAAUGGCCGCGAGGUUCUGUACCUGGCCAAGGGCGACUCGGUCAAGCUGGGCUGUCCCUACGUCCUGGAGCCCGAGGACAACGGACCGCAGGGCGUGGGGAUCGAGUGGAUCCAGAUCAGCCCCGAGAGACCCAGCCCCGAGAACGUGUUCCUGUCCUACCAGGACCACCACGUCAACUACGGCAGCUCGGGCCUGCAGGACCGCGUGGCCUUCGUGCAGACGGACCCGGGCCAGCGCGACGCCUCCAUCCGCGUGGCCGACCUGCAGGAGAGCGACACCGGCACCUACCAGUGCCGCGUCAAGAAGAACACGGUGGCCGUGCACGAGGUCAUUGUCACCGUGCAAGCAGAGAAGCCGGCGGCCCCGCAGUGCUGGAGCGAGGGGGAGCUGAUCGAGGGGGGGUCGGUGCUGCUGCGCUGCUUCAGCCGGGGGGGCACCGCCCCCCUCAGCUACCAGUGGGCAAAGCUGGCCGAGGGCUACGGGGGGGGGCGCCUGCCCGCGGGCACCCUGCAAGGCCGUGCCCCCGGUGACCUCCUGAUCCGCAGCCUGACCGGUGCCCACGCUGGCACCUACCAGUGCCGUGUCACCAACCGCGUGGGCUACUCGGUGUGCCAGCUGAACCUGAGCCCCGGGGCACGCUGUGUCCCCGUGCCAGGCGGGCGCCAGGCUGGCAUCAUCGUGGGCUCCAUCCUGGGCUCGCUGCUCCUGCUCAGCCUGCUGGGGCUGCUCAUCUGGGCCCUGAUCGCCCGCUACCAGCGCAAGGAGUGCCAGCGCGCCUGCAGCGACUGCCGGAGCAGCACGGGUGGCACCAUGCCCCGGCCCUGCGCCGCCUGUGCCCACCACUCGUACUCGCCGCAUGGCAUCAGCUACAUGCAGUGCCAGCACAGCGACAGCGACGAGCGCGCGGCCGCGCUGCUCUGCAACGAGGGCAUGCGACACCAGGUCACCUGUCCCGCGCUGUGACACCGCGGGGCCACCACGGGGACAGCGACAGCGACAGCGACAGCCGGGAUGAAAAAGUGACGGCGGGAGCGGCUCCCGCUGCUCGAAAAAACCUUCAAAAGCUUCAAAAUCUCCCAAAAUUCUUCCCGAAAUCCUACGGAAUUCCAGAGGAUUCCUCCCAAAAUUCCAUAAAAUCGUUCAAAACCCCCCAAAAUUCCUGUCCUGGAGCGCCCUCGCGGGGCCACAGCGGUGACAAUGACAGGGACAGCGACAGCGACAGCCGGUCCCCAAAAGUGACGGCGGGAGCGGCUCCCGAAAUACAAAAAAACCCUAAAACCCUCAAAAUCCCACAAAUUUCCCUCCAGAAUUCACUAAAAUCCUUCAAAAUCCCCCAAAAUUCCUGUCCCGGAGCUCCCUCGCGAGGUCACCACGGUGACAGUGACAGGGACAGCGACAGCCGGGAUGAAAAAGUGACGGCGGGAGCGGCUCCCGCUGCUCGAAAAAAACCUUCAAAAGCUUCAAAAUCCCCCAAAAUUCUUCCCGAAAU